CGCUUGGUGAAGCCUUUGCAAGAUUUCGGCUUUGGGCGCACGCGCUUGUGGGAAGGAGGCGUUGGGUUAUUUAUGAUAACUGGUGUCGCGCUUUCCUUCGUGAUUUGGGGAUGGAUCCAAGGCUUGCUGAGCUUUGCGCGCAAAAACUCGUAUCAGGCAUUUAUCGAGUUUCCGGUGGCGUGCGGGAUCCAAGUCGGCACGAAUGUUCGAAUUCGUGGCGUCAAGGCUGGUUCCGUGCUGAGCGUGCAACCGAGCUUGGAGAAGGUCGAAGUGCUUGUGGAGAUGGACGACAAGAACGUUCCCAUACCUCGCAACUCUCUCAUAGAGGCAAACCAAAGCGGUUUGAUCGCAGAAACAAUCAUUGACAUCACUCCCGCCAUCCCGAUUCCAGUGGCUCAGUGGGGGCCUUUGGAUUCUGGAUGUGAAGGUGAGGGCGUGAUCGUGUGUGAUCGGGGUAAGAUUAAGGGUCUGCCGGGGGUGAGCAUGGACGAACUCGUCGGUAUUUGUACGAAGCUCGCGAGAGAGAUGGAAAGGCAAGACGGCAUGAACAAGAUGUUCGAUACGACCGACACGGCUAGACGACUGAUGACGACUUUGCAACCGCUUCUUCGUGAGGCGGCGCAAAUCGCCCAAGAGCUCCGACCGAUGAUGCAAGGAGUGAACGAACAAGGCACUUUGGACACGCUCGAAUCGCUCGCCGGUCAGACAUCAGCCACCGUGGAAGACAUCAGAAAGCUCAAGGAUGCAAUUUUGACCGAGGAGAAUCAAGAACUUCUUCGACAAUCCAUUUCGACGCUCACGAAGACGCUGCAACACGUCGAAAAGGUGAGCGGGGAUAUUAGUAGUGUGUCCGGUGAUCCGAGCACUCGCGCAAACUUGCGACACUUGAUUCAAUCGCUGUCGCGAUUGGUUGACGCAUAG